CAACACAACCUUGCAAACAAAAAUAGGAGUGUCAAAAAUUUUCUCCAAAGCAGUGCGGUGGUGUCGUUGCUUUGUUUUCUUCUACUUGAAGCGUAUAUUUUUACAUCCGAAUUAGGUGGGCACUUUCAAUUCGAAGCGUAAAGUAUUUCGUGCUGCGUCCGAUGCCGAGUGUUUACCACAGGCAUGAUGAUGCUACCGAGCUACGACAAUGGUUACGCGAUGCUGCAUCAUGCGCGGAGUUUCGGUCCAAUUGCUUGAGUACGUGUGCGCCGUUCGUGCAAUGGGAUAGGGUUAGAAAACAUUGAAGUUCAAAAAGGAAGAAAUUGUGCACCGCUUUGCAUCUCAAAACUUUACUACCCCAAAUCUUUACCUAACUAAAGUAACACUGCAAUAUCGGAGUAUAUGCGUUAUGUGACAGUGUGGCAUGUUGCUUGCAGUGUAACAAGCUUGCACUGAAGAAAAAAGAACGUGUAAUAACGCAAACCAGUUUGUAUUGCGUCAAUUAUGUGCCCUUCAAUCGGGUUUGAAUUGAUUUAAAAUUCGUUUCCUUACCAACACGAACGUGGGACAGCAGACCGAAAGACGAAAGUUUUGCAGGCGCAUCAUCGCGCUUGCAGGAACACAACAAUGUCAGUGUGAGAAGAAGAAGUGUAAUCGAUAAUGAACCAGUGAUUAGACAUGCGAAGAAAAUAUAGAUUCGAGGUGUGUAAAUAUGCCAGAUAGUUGACGAGUCUUGAUAAAACGUUCAGCUGUUUUUGUACCGACUAGAAUUUUGGACGGUUUUGUAAAAUUCUGCAAGAAAAAACGGUUUAUAUGCUAAAGCGCGACCCCCCUCAACCCCAGUGUUGCGUCCUAUUCGAAAAACACACACAAGAAGAAAUUUGCGAUGUAGCAGUGCUAAAUCGCUGGCAUACUGGGCAAAGGGGUAUUAAUAUGUUUCUUUUACUGUGUAGUUUGCUGAAAAUGUUGUAAAGUUUGGUUUGUGUGCGUCGGUGUGUUUGUAAAAGCGAAAAAACGAUUCAAAGUUGAUCAUUUGAAAGAUAUAGUGCAACUUUAUAAAGCAACAACUUCUGUAAAAUGCAUGUCGCAAGUCUUGAAAUGAUACAGCCUCAUUUCGAACCGGCAUCCAUCGAUUACCAGCAGCAACAAACGCAUCACCAGCAGCAACAACAGCAAAAGCAACAGGAACAGCAGCACCAACACACAGCCCAGCAACAGCAGCAACAACAACAGCGUCAGCAGCAACAACAGCAGCAGAUUUCCAAAAUUAUCAGCAACCCUCCACCAGCAAUCGUUAGUGCCCCAAAUGGAACAACAAUGUGCGUCGCCAAGCUUAUAAUUGGGCUAGAUCAUGCACCUCCAGCAUUUAAUGUGCGAUCCCGUGUGUUAGGUGAUGGCGGUACAAAUUUAAACUAUAUUCGUACUGAAACUGGUGCUAUAGUCACUUUAAGAGGUCGGGGAUCCAUGAAUCUGGAACCACAAACAAUGCAAGAAGCACCAGAACCUUUGCAUUUGUUCAUUGAACAUCCGUCAUUGGAAGGGCUACAGAGUGCCAAGCAGUUGGCGAAAAAUUUGAUCGAAACCUUGCAAGAAGAGCUAUCCUUUUUUCAAGAGAACAAUAUUCCAAAAGCAAAUUUUCAAUUAAUACCCCAGUCGAACAUGGUGCAAACGACCCAAGUCACGCAAAUGCCUCCGAUCAUAAGAACACAGCAUGUUACACAGCCCAAUGGUAUUAUACAUCAACCACCGCCGACAGUUCUUGGUCCUCCGCCUCCAAACUUUGUACAGCAUCCCCCUACUUUGCCGCAAAGUCAGCCACCUCCACCACAAAUAAUUCAGCAGGCUCCUACAAUAAUACAGUCACACGUGCCAGUACAAAUUCAUCAGCAGCCGAAUAAUGUUGUAAUCUCACAAAUUCAGACCACAGCGCCUCCAACGCAAAUUGCAAACGUAAGCAAUCCUCCACCGGGGACACAAAUACGUCCGCCUAUAGUACAGAUCAAAAACACGCCCGCUGGGGCCCAUUUGUCACAGCCACCGCCAAGCAUACAAAUUCAGCAGGCACCGGCGGAGACUGCCCAGCAGAUCAUUGUCAAUCCGGCACCACCAUACCAGGUGCAGUAUAUACAGCAAAAUCCAUCCAUUCAGACAAGCAGUGGUGCCCAUCCGAGUGGACAGGUUACGAUUCAACAUCUCAUUCAGCCCCAGCCGCAACCUGUACAGGGUAUCGUACAAACAACAAUACCUCCACCCCAAUUUGACCACUUUCAGCGGCCUCCUCAAACUCAACAGAUCAUCACCGUGCAGGGUAGCACAGCGUUCAUGGUUCCGCCGCCGAACAUUAUACAUCAGACGGCGCCGCAACCGCAAAAUCAAAUUAUUUUCCAAACACAACAACCGAUUCUUACGCAUCAUCCGCCCCCAGAGUUGGCUCCGAUGGGACCACAAGCGCCACUUACUCAACCGACUGGUAUGCUUAUCAACGGAGCGGACGGGAAGAAAGUUGGUGGCCCUACGGAUUUGCAAAUCAAGCAGGAAUCGCUCAAGCUCGAUGAGGGCCCACCUCCCGGGACCAUCCUGCAGCAAAUUCCGACCAGCGGCCAACUAACUAAAACAACUGUGAUUCCUGUUUCGUCGAUUCCGGGCAUACCGAUUAGUCAGCCACCACCACCGAUCAUGUCUGUGCCUCCACCGACGGUGCAGCAUAUAGUCGGCAAUACGAUCAUAACGUCGCAACCAAAUGCGCCAAUCAGUCAUGGUGGGAUUCCACAGCAAAUUUUUAGCCAAAUACCUGUGUCGAUUCAAUCGUUUGCUCCACCUCCCCAACAAAUGCAAGUUAGCGGAUCACAUUUUGUUGUCAGUGCACCACAACCAUGGCCUGUGGUAACUGCUUCAGCCGCAGGGCAACAAAUACAGCAAGUUCCGGUCAGUACGGUGCCGAGUAUACAGAUAACUACACAACCCAUGAGAAACCCCAAUGAAAUUCACAUCAUUAGUCAACCGACGAUCAUUAGUGCUGCGGAGUACCGGUCGCCUGCGUCACAGCAGCAGCAAAUAAUAGCGACUAGUGCAUUUAAUCCGCAAAUUCAACCUCCACAAGGUGUGCAGGUACAGUUUCACACGGUACCCCCGCCAACUCAGCAAAUCAUUACUAGCUUGGCUAAUGCACAAACGCAACCUCCACCACAAGCUCCACAGUCGCAGCUGAUUGAAAAUCAACAAGGAGCACAGCAUCAAAUUAUAAUAAAUGCCCCGAUUCCUCCACAACCACCUCCACCGCCACCAUCGUUUACGGCUGUACAAUAUUCAGCUCAAGAAGCUCCAAAGCCUAAUGUGGAACAGUUGCAGCAACGGCCGCCACCCCAACCACAACCUCCACAGCAACAAACGUCACUUAGCUUAACGACGCAAUCCCAAUCACAUGCAAUUAUGCUGCGACCUGGCCAAAAACGUAAAAUAUCAGAUGAGGAUGUUAAUAAAACUAUGUCUCCCAAAAUAGGCAUGGGGAUGAGUGGUGCCGGAAGAAAUUUGCCAGUGGGAACCAAUGGAGGAAUCCUAACGGCCGCACAAGCCAAAUGUAUAAUGUCAUCGGUAUCUACUGGAACAGCAACUACGACAUCUACAUCUGGGGUUGGUCUAAUAUCGUCUCAAAUAUCUGCUGAUCAUUUAGUAGACUACAGACGACAAAAAUAAACGUAGGAUCUCUAGGCAUCCCGGUUGUUUCAAUCCAGGACAGCAAUCAGACCACUUCUACUGUGUUGGUGAAAUGAAACCAACCGCAUCGGAUCGGAACUGUUAAUUAGAUGACAACUCUAGAACAACCGUAGCAGCAGGUCGUACUUUCAACGGAAAUGGUAGAGUAGAAUACUUUUCAAUUUGUAUGAUAUCCAGCGCUAAUCUACGGUCACGUAAUAGCAUCAUCAAAAAGAGCACAACGUUGUAGGAUACCGAUCUACAACAACUAACAGAUUUUAUAUCUGAUUGAUAUUGUUAAUGUUGUUAAAUAAUUCACGCUUUCCUUUUUCGUCGUAGCAUUGAUCAGGGUAAAUUUAACUCCGAUGUUCUUAGGCCACAAGCUUACCGUGUGCGGCAAAAUGCUGCAUCGCCACUUUUUACAGCCUGUAGUGCGUGCUGGUACGUGAUUGUCUAGGGAAACGACACUGUAUGAUAAUGUAAUUAAAUCUUUUUCGAUUUGUGUAGUAUGUACAUCAGUUUUAAAUUAAGUUUGAUCAACAGUAAUAUCAUCAGGAAGUAGUAAGCUCGCUCUUGAAUCAACAGUUGUGUAGAUUAAUUUAAAGCGACUGUUUUGUAUCCAAGCUUUGAAUGACCGAUGAAAAAGGAAAGUCAAUAGCGUAAAGGAAAAGUAUCACAAGUUGUUGUGAAUUUCUUGGAAGGGGUGGAAUUAUUUAUAUGAUUGUGAAUAUUUUUCCAAAUUUUGAAAAAAAAACAGAUAUCCAUUAUCAUAAACUAUUA